AUGUCGUCGAUACAGAGUAAAAUGCGAGGUCGCCCGCCGAAAUCCAAGAACUCGUGCACUUGGUGCAACGAGACUAAGCAGCCUCUGAAGUACGUCCUGCCUACCCAACACGGAAAGAAAGAAUUUUGCUCCGAGUCGUGUUUAUCUGCCUUUAGAAAAGCUUAUGUCAGAGGAGCUUGUGUCGGGUGUGAUAAUGUCAUAAGAGGUUCCCCGAUAAAAUUGGAGCAAAAAGAUGGCCCAACCAAAGAUUUCUGUUCUCCCCACGAAUGAGCAGCCAUCACCAGCAGCAUCUCCAGCUCCCUCAGGACUACCCAGCAGUAGUGGAACAAUACCUCAAUCCUUCACCACAAAUGGAGCAAGUAGUUCACCAACCAACAACACCAACAGUCCUCCUAUAAACAACACCAGUACCAAUAGUAAUAAUAAUAAUAAUAACAAUAACAAUAACAACAAUAUUAAUACUAAUAGGAGCACUCCAGCAACCCCAACAAUAACCACCUCAACAACGAACAACCAAUCAAACAUAUCCCUCGCGCCUUCAACGUCCACCGGCCCGUUCCAAUACGAGACUUACCAGACCUUUGACUGGGACCUCUACCUAAAAGAAACCAACAGCUCAGCAGCGCCAGCUGACUGCUUCAAGCAGCACGUGACUCCCUCAAUCAACGACUUCAAAAUAGGAAUGAAGCUCGAGGCAUUGGACCCCAGGAACCUGACAUCAACCUGCAUAGCAACCGUAGUCGGAGUCCUGGGUCCUAGGUUGCGACUGCGUUUAGACGGUUCGGACAACAAGAACGACUUCUGGCGGCUGGUGGACAGCAACGAGAUCCACCCGAUAGGUCACUGCGAGAAAUCAGGAGGGAUGCUCCAGCCGCCGCUGGGCUUCCGGAUGAACGCAUCCAGCUGGCCGAUGUUCUUACUCAAGACGUUGAACGGAGCCGAGAUGGCUCCGGCGAAGGUGUUCAAGCGCGAGCCCAAGACUCCCAAGACAAACAUGUUCGAAGUCGGGCACAAGCUGGAGGCGAUUGACAAGAAAAAUCCCCAGCUUAUUUGCACUGCGACAGUGGGAGCAGUUAAGGACGACAUGAUCCACAUAACCUUCGACGGCUGGCGCGGCGCCUUUGAUUACUGGUGCAAGUACGACUCCAGGGACAUCUUCCCCGUAGGCUGGUGCUUUAAAAGCGGCCAUCCGCUCCAGCCGCCGCGCCAGAAAGCCACUGGCCAGAAUAGAUUCAAGUCUAGGACGAGCAAUGUGCUUCCGGUGAUGGCUGUGUCUGGAAGCGGAGCUAAUGGAGAGCCAGCUGUUGCUCUGGUGAGUCCAGCUGGCUCCAGUGCUCCUCCGCAGCCCGCUACUGAGCCAGACACUAGCACUACUAGUGUCAACAACAAACCGCAUGUUCUUGAAAAUGUUACUCUGUUUGUCAACUCCAAUUGCUCCUGCGGGCCUUAUUUAGACUCCAAGAAGGUCAAGACCUUGCCGGCGAAGUUUGGGAGUGAUAGUGUCUUAAACGUCGCCCGAGACGUCUUCCAGAGCUUCUUGAUAGUUGCGCUGAACCCCAGACAAAUUUUGAGCUUACUUAAGCGCGGAGAGGGAGACUGCGUUAACUUGGUGGUAGAAUCCAAGGCCAUGUCGGUAAGACUCCCGGUUUUUAUUGAUGAACAGGACUUCUACUCGUUUAUCAGGCGCCAGCUAGAAGACCUGUGCGCUUGUGAGCAUUUGCUGUCCAAGCGACAGGAGCUCUGUGAAAAAUGCCCGCUUCAGCAGACCAUGAUCAAGCGAGAGGAAAAUAGCAAUACUGCUCCGGAAAAAAGAAGGUGGUCGGCUGAUAAACCGCAAGCUGCUCCUCAGCAGCAGGCACAACCUCAACCGGCUCAGCAGAAAAUUCAAGUUGCUUUGAAUGCUACGGGGACUACUAGUAUUGACUCUACUCAGCCUACACCUCCUCCUGCUAAACAUCCCAGGAUAUCAACAGAGUUGGAGGCUGCGUCUUCGACGACCAGGUGUGAGAGUUCUACGUCACGGAUUUCGUCUUCGGAACCUGCUGAGUGGACUAUUGAGGAUGUUAUUCAUUAUAUUGGAGUUGUUGAUCCUGUUCUGGGGCAACAUGCUGAUCUUUUUCGUAAACAUGAAAUUGACGGCAAAGCUUUGCUGCUUCUGAACUCAGACAUGAUGAUGAAGUACAUGGGUUUAAAAUUGGGACCUGCAUUGAAAAUAUGUAAUUUAGUUAAUCGUAUCAAAGGUCGAAGGCAUGUGAUGCUUUGA